AAGAAACCUCUCUUAGUCUAUAAAUUCCUCAGCCAAGAGUCAUACCUUCCCCUUUCUUUUUCUCCCAUUUGUUUGGGUUCUGUUUUGUCACUUUUCUUGAAUCUUUUCCAGUUUCAAGACCAUAAAAUGACACAAGAAAAACCACCAUGUGUUUGGUACUUGGUGGAGUUUCUUCUUGUCUUCUUAACCAUGGUCUCGUGUGGUUCAGGGGUUGGAGUCAACUGGGGAACCAUGGCUACUCACAAGCUUCCACCAAGCAUGGUGGUCAAGAUGCUUCAAGAAAACGGUGUUGAUAAACUGAAGCUGUUUGAUGCUGAAGAGUGGAUUAUGGCAGCUCUGAUGGGGACUGAUAUUGAAGUAAUGCUGGCAAUACCCAACAACAUGUUGGAGGAUAUGAGUAAGAAUCCUCAGGUUGCAGAUUCUUGGGUUUAUGAAAAUGUCACUACUUACAUGUACCCUGGUGGACUAAACAUCAAGUAUAUUGCAGUGGGUAAUGAACCUUUCCUUAAGGAAUAUAAUGGCUCCUAUCUACAGACAACUCUGCCUGCUCUUAAGAACAUACAAACAGCACUCAAUAGUUGGGGCUUUGGUUCACAAAUCAAAGUCACUGUUCCCUUCAAUGCUGAUGCUUACUAUUCCCCAGACUCAAACCAAGUGCCAUCAGCUGGUGACUUCAGGCCAGAAGUACGAGACCAGACCAUUGAAAUAGUCCAAUUCUUAUAUGCAAACAAUGCACCUUUCACUGUCAAUAUCUACCCUUUCCUAAGUCUUUAUGGAAAUGAUCAUUUCCCUUUUGAUUUUGCAUUUUUUGACGGAAAUAACAGGCCUCUUAUAGAUGGUAAUUCGGUUUACACCAAUGUGUUUGAUGCAAAUUUGGACACUCUUCUCUGGGCCUUAGAGAAGGCAGGGUUUCCAGACAUGGAUAUUAUAGUUGGAGAAGUUGGGUGGCCAACAGAUGGUGAUAAGAAUGCCAAUGUUCAGAAUGCAAAAAGGUUCAACAUGGGUUUGCUUAAGCAUACACUGAGUGGAAAUGGUACUCCUAAAAGGAAAGGUAUUAUUGACAUUUAUCUAUUCAGCCUUAUUGAUGAGAAUGCCAAAAGUAUUCUUCCUGGCAACUUUGAGAGGCAUUGGGGGAUUUUUGAGUUUGAUGGAAAACCAAAGUAUGAAUUGGACUUGGCAGGACUUGAAGAGAACAAGGGUUUGGUCCCUGUGGAGGGUGUAAGAUACAUGGAAAAACGGUGGUGUGUUUUGGAUCCAAAAGUGAAGGAUCUGCACUUAUUGGCUGCUAGCAUUGACUAUGCUUGUAGCCAAUCAGAUUGCACUUCUUUGGGGUAUGGUUCUUCUUGUAACACUCUAACUCUCCUUGGGAAUGCUUCUUAUGCCUUUAAUAUGUAUUAUCAGGUAAAUAGCCAAAAGGACUGGGACUGUGAUUUCACUGGUUUAGCCACAGUAACAGAUGAUGAUCCAUCAGAAAAGGGUUGCCAGUUCCCUAUAAUGAUUUCUUAUGCCUCUUCUUUACUGCUGCAUGGAAGUCUCACAAUCAUUCUGAUGAAAGCUUUGAGCAUAUAUUUAUUUGUAAUUUUGCUAUAGUUUUCUCUCUGAAGAAACCAAGGAGCACUUGAAGAAUGUGCUCCUACAGUUUUUUUACUAUAUAUAUUCUUGAAAAAGUUGCAUUUGUUUAUCUGGUUGUAAGAUCACUAUGGUUAUAUCAGAAAGA